UCAUCAUUUUAGAGAACAAGUUCGAAACAAAAAAAAUCUAUUGAUAUAAGCUGUUUGGGAAUUGAAUGGUAGAUCAUAUUUUCAUUUAACAUGGCAUGAGCUCAGUCGACGGGCCCUGUUAAUAUCUCGCCCAGCAAUAAUUUGCUGGUUGUUGGACUGUCUGGAGAUUCGCUAUCUGAUUUCUGGUGCGGUAAAUUCCUGUGGGGGGACGCUGGGCUGAUGGAGGGACAUUGGUCCUCCGUUCUCUACACCGUUUUACUCUCUCUGUCGGUUUAUAUGAUGAAGUGUGUACUGAGUGAUUGCCCGGUAUCCUCCUCUGGGACCUGUCUCAUUCCCGUCUCCCGUCUACAACAUUACGUCAGCGACAUACUCCCAUUGGGUGGAUUUUACACGACAUACAACAAAACAGUACUAGUAGACAUAUGCAGAUUGGUUGGUGAAUAUCCGACUUGUUCUCAGACAAUCACAAAAGGUUGUGAUAGAAUCACUACCCAAAAUAUGCAUCUGUUAUAUCGUGCCUUUCUUCCUCUUUGUGGAAAAUAUAAACAAGAUUACGUAUACCACCGUGACUGUUAUAGUCGACAAAUGUUUAUGUACAAGUCAUGUCAUCAGAGAAGACAAGACGAAAUUCACCAAAUACGACGGGAGGAACAUUACAAUUUACAGAUAUGCCAAAUAACUAACCAAUAUAUGAAGUGUGUUUACCUUGUUACAGCUUUACAGUGUUCUAUGGAGGCUGCAGAUGCGUACUUUAAUAUUCUUAACCAAUCAAUAUCAUUGUCAUUCAGAGACGCAGACUUCACGUGUCAUAUACGUCAUCCCGAUGACGACAUAUCCGUUUUUACGACAACGAAAUCCACUACUAGGGCUGCAACAUCGCUAGGUUUUACAACGAGUGUUGGAGGUCCGAAAGGCAAACGUUCUGUGAGUUCCGAAGCGGAAAAAUUUUCAGCUAAUUUGGGGUGCUUUUUACUGCUUCGCGUUGUUCAUUUUAUUAUUUUAACAAUGAUUUUAUAG